AUGCGACCUCGACUGCUCUUCGACCUUCCGCUAUUGAAAAUUAGAAGAUUUUCCAUCAACAUGACACAGAAAUUGCUACAAAUCCUGGUAGAAAAUCCAAUUCCUUUCUUAAAGAUCCCAAGUUCGAAGCAGAGCCUGAUAGCGGACUGGAUUGUGCAAGUACUGGAUUUAUACAACAGACGGUUUUCCAAAACGGAGUUUGAUUUAUUGGGACCUGCACUAGCUUUUGUUUCUGAUGAAAUAUUCAUGGCGAUUUCCCGAGCAGCGAUGAAGACAAAUCUGUUGAAGAUUAAAGAUUACUGCUUUGACAGUCAAAAGAAAUUUCUGCUGGGGAACAUGUUAACUAAAGACACCAUGUUUGGUGUUACCACAAAUUGGACCUCACUGAUCUUGGACAAGAUAGACCGCCUGGUUUUCUUUCUUUCAGUUGAUGAUAUACAGAAGCUUCCUAAGAUUUAUAGACCCGUGUCGGCGAUGCCACCCAAAGUGAUUGAGCAGCUUGGACGAAUAGCGACCCAGUUCACAGAAAAGGAUUUGACGAGGCUGGAUCUGUCAGACCUGGGAACAGUGGCAGCUCUGGGUAAAAUUGCAGAGUGGAACAGUAGAAAGCUCACUGUACUGUUUACAUCCUUCCUACGGGUGAACAGGUGGAGGAUAGAUGAGCUGGAUUCUGUCAGCCUGCUGGCUCUGGGGCAUCUCAUCUGUGGUAUCAAACAAGCAGACAUGUCUGCGAUAGACCAAAUGCAAUUCAGUAUGGCAGUUCUGUGGAUCGGAAGACUGACCCUAUCCUGUGAGGAGCAGCAGCUAGCAGCCUUGGCCAAACUUGUCACUCACUCACAGACAUUUGGAGAGGUCAGCCAGUGGAGAUCUGAAGAAUUCACUGAAAUUGGUUGUAUUGCAGCUGGACUGCCAGAUAUGGUACUAUCAGCUCUGGUUAAAGAACAGAUUGAAGGACUCACCACUGUUGCUGUUGCUACUAUCCCACCAAAGAAAUUUUCAGUUGUGUUCAGUCCCACCCAGAUUGGCAUGUUUAAUUAUCAGCAGGCGGUGGCUGUGACUCCUGCUCAACUGAAAGAACUUGGUGACAUUCAGAAGAAAGCUCUGGAUAUGGUCCUCACAUCUUGGCAUAAAACAGCAAUUGACAUAAGAGGAAGAUCAUCUGGAGGAGUUAUUUCUGGGAGCUUUAUUGGAGUAUUGCUGUGUGCUGUUUGUGAUCUUUUGCAUUCAAGAGCUUGUCUGUAA